CCCACUGCUACAAACCCAGUGUCAGGAUCCUGCAUGUAGCAUCGUGUCCACUGACUGUGGCGCUACUAUUCCGGUCACGAUUACAUUCCUCCACAUCAGAACUUGGAAACAAACUAAGAGCGCACUCACAGUAAUAAUGUUUGGGGUGGAUCUAGGCACCACCUGUGUCAGAGUGGCCCACUACAUAGAAAACGAGGCCAGAGUGUUUCCGAUCUACUGUGACCCACCUGUGCAAACUUCAAAGAUAGUGCGUUUCUCAGGUACAAAAAUCUGUAUCGGAGACGAUAUUGAGGCGGACAUAUUCAACAGGGACAACCAAGUCACAUUCGGUGUAAUGGAACUAAUUGGCAGAGACAAAGAAACUUCAUACGUGGACAACUUAAGUUUGUGGCCUUACCAAGUAGUGGGUAAAGGUCGAUGUCUCAAUAUAAUGUGCAGUGUAGACAAGAAAACCGUUUUCCUCACUCCUGAAAAGAUUUUGAGUUUUAUUCUUAAAGUUGUAAAGUAUCGGGCCGGAAGGAUAUGCAAAGACAAAGAGCCUUUGUUCGUACUGUCAGUGCCUGGAUGUUGCUCUUACAAGUACAGGCGGGCAGUACUAAACGCUGCUAGGAGAGCAAAAUUUACUGUCACCAGUAUGGUUGGUGACACAAGCGCAAUUGCUUAUGCAACUUUACCUAGAUGGAAGCAGAAACAUUCUUUAAUAAUUGAUAUUGGAGGAAGUUCCUGUACAGUGUCACUUGUGGAAUAUAAUGUGGAAGACAAUGAGCUUGUUGUACUCAGUACCGUAGGAGACUGCUAUUACGGAGGAGAGUUUAUUGAUUUUGCCAUAUUUCGUGAAUGUUGCUACCAUUUUAAUAGUGUGAAAGCACGUCCCAUGAGAAAAAUCGAGAAAGUAUGUUUAAGAGCAUCGUGUGAAAUCGCAAAAAAACAACUGUCAGAAGAACGUACGAGCAUCCGAGUCCCGGUGCCCAACGUUUAUACAGAGUGUGAGAUCGAUAAAAACGCUAUAUUAGCGUCACUCAAACAUUGGUUUCAAAAUAUUACAAGUAUGAUUAAUAGUUGUUUGUCAUUUCUAAACAAUGAAAUAAGAGAUACGAUCCAUAUUGAAGCCUUUGUGUUCGGUGGUCUGUCGCAAAUGAAAAGGGUAAGAGAAGAAGUGCAAACUGCCUUUGAACGAUAUCCUCAUAUACGCACUACGUAUGAAUCAGAAAUCAGGUACUUAGCCUGUGAAGGAGCCGCGUUGAUUGCGUUGUCCCGAGAAGAUUUUGGCUGCAACUUGUGUUCCCUGCGAGAGUUUGUACCUGAGUUGGGUGUACGAGAUAUCACUAAGAGGAUAGUUCCCGUGAUCUCACCACCAGCUUGUGUUCCAGCAACUGGUAUUGCAUAUUUCUCUGUCAAUAGGGAACAGGGUAUCAAUGAUAUAGUAGUAGAGGUUUAUGAACGCCGGAGAGAGGUAGAAAAUGAGUUCAGUUUUAUAGGAAGAAUGAUUCUUAAUUUCCCCGUUUCGAAAUUAAACACAUCAUAUGUCAAGAUCACCUGUGAUAUUUCCGAAAACUAUGAAUUAGUCAUAUGCGCUGAGGAAGAAGUUAUGAAUAUGGAUUGGAGUAUAGAAAUGUCCAGAGAUGAGGGACCUGAUCUAACUAGAGGGCAACAUCAAGAAUUUUUACAAGUGAUAGAGGACAAUGCAUAUUAUACGAGGAUGGUUCGUUUUCAACGGCAGAACCGACGUGCAGAAGAAGAGGCUUUGAAGAAUGCAGCCGCUACACAAAUAGAACAAGCUGAUAAAAAUGCAGUCUGGCCUUCUCAUUCAUUCGCACCAGUUCAUGUAGAUCAAGAAACCAGGGCAGCUCCAGACACGAGCAAUACUUCUAUACAAACUAUGAACCCAACUUCAUAUGAACAUCCUUUUGGGUCAUCUAAUUACAAUACAGUCCCAUCUCCCAGGACAAUCACAAACUUAUGCUCCAGUUUAGUUAUUGCUGUAGAUCCGGACAACAUUUGUAUGGAUGUACCAACUACAACCCUACUUCCAUCUUCAUAUUCUACUGAACAAUCCGAGGAUAGUCUUUACCUCCCUUCCACGUCAAAUGGUCAUCAAAACACCACGCUGUCCAGAGCUUCAGUUUCUGAAAAUAAAUCCACUCAAACCACGAAACAAAAUCCGUCUAAAAGUGCUUACUCCCUUCCUACUUCAGUCGAACAUCUUAAAUCGGUGUCCUCAAGAGAUUCAGAUCUAGACAAUAGUUCUCUUCAGAGCUUGAGACAACUACAUGUUUCACCUCCUAUUGCACUGCCACAUCGAGAGGGAACUCCUUCUUCUAUCACCGAGGUGUCAUAUACUCGACGUACGGUCUCGCCUGGGCAUUUUCAAAUCCAUUCAACAGGACUGUCGCAUCCAGAUGAUACAGUGAGCCCAUCCAGGUACAUGGAACAGAUAAUCUAUACACGACGUGAAGAGACAAGGUGCUCAGGACAACUCCCAGCAGACUGGCCAGGGGACUUCGUGUCGGCUGCUGAAGAACAACUCCGAAUUGCUAGAGAAUCAGGUUACGAUUCUUAUCAAGAUAUGCAAAUAGUUCCUUACGAGGGAGGAGCGGCACCUGUAGGCGUACCUACAGCAUUACCAUGGAGGGAGAAUUAUAUUAUGGAUCCUCAACAACUCUUCAAUUCCAUAGGAUAUAAUACUGAUGAAGAACUUCAAUCGAUUUAUAUCCAAGACGAAAUCUAUCUACCUGUGAAUGGUGGUGGGGUUGUACUAUAUCCUCCACCGUAUAGACCAUUUUCGUCACUACCACGAUCUAUGUAUCCUCAAGAGAUGGGUGUCCAACAACAAAUGCCUCUAUACCAAGCCAUGUCACAAGCACAGCCUGAUGGUUCCGUCAUUGUGCCAUCAACAAUUGUGGGACAGUGGUUCUUACCAAAUCUAGAACCAUACCAGUACACGAGUCCACAGCUCCAAUAUACGAGUAAUUCCAUGACCGACCAGGGUCUAUGGAUGAGUCAACCGUCAGUUACCCAACCACUGGCUCCUCUAACAAUUACUGAACCAACGUACUUCCCUAAUCAUGUCCUCGGAACAGAGGGAGCGUCAGGGCCGACGAUGGCAUACCCCCGUAGUAUGGGUCCUCAACAUCAGUAUCCAGCUCAUGCGUCAUAUCCUCCAAGCGUUCGUGAGCGUGGGAGCUUAUUAAUGACGAGUUACCCUAUGUCUAAUUCCCCAAGAAAUGCGCGUAAUAUCCCUGGUGUACGAGAAACUGGAAGGCGCGAUGAGGAAGAACAGGAACCGGCACGUCCUAGACAAAGGAGACCCUCGAUACGUUAUGAUAAUAUACCAGAUUAUGGUGAUGGAAGAUACAGAACUCAGAGAAAGAGUUAAUCGCACGUUAUACCGUUCUUCAACUGAGACUAAUUUUACUUCUGUGUAAAGUGUUUUAAUGUUUGUUCUUGUUACAAUUAUUAAUUUAAACUGCACUUACAAUGCUUUUGUUAUUUUUUAUGCAAAGUAUAUUGCUAAGUAUUACA